AUGAGGGCCAAAGGCGGACCAUUCAUGUGGAAGAAACUAGGGUUAUCAAAACCCAUCCCCUCCGACAGUGAUAACGAGGCAGAGGAAAACCCUCCACCAGCCACCACCAGCACCGAGACACCACCGGCCACAAGCACAGCAACAGGACGUACCCACUCACCGGUCGCCCAGACAUAUCGCCGGCAAAAGAAACGGCAAAGAACGCCGCCACCACCAUCCGCAAUAGCCCCGACGGCAAACCCUGUGGGCGAAAUACUACCUGAGGCCACCACUCCCUCCGGCUACAGCCACAAACGGCCAAGAACACAGUCGCCACCAAGAUCAGAGCUAGAACCCACCAUUGCCAUACAUCCCGCAGGACUCACAGAAAGUGGUAUGCCCACUGAUUCCACCAGCGCUGUGCCCAGUGAUGCGCCCACAGACUUGCCAAGUGCUAUGGCCAGCGAUGUGCCAAGCGAUUUGCCCACUGUUCCCACCACUGAUGUGCCCACGGAUGUGCCCACUGAUGCGACCACGGACCUGCCCAGCAAUGUGCCUAGCGAUGCGCCUACUGAUUUCACCAGCGCUGUGCCUAACGAUGUGCCCAGCGACACACUCAGCAAUUUGCCCAGCGAUUUGCCCAGGCCAGCAUACCCAGAUCACAUCGUCAAAGCACUGACGUUCAACAAAAUUUCUGAGCGCACCAGGCUGCUUAAAAUCUCAUCCCUACCAUAUCACCCAGGUCCAGUAACGCCACGCCAUGAGCGUGUUUUCAGAAGGAAGGAAGCCACCAUAAGCACCACCACCCAGCAGCCAGCCACUAUAGCAGCUACUGCCGAUGAGACAACACAAGCAAUAGGAUACACCAUCUACGUCUACAUCACUAUCACCUAUCACAUUGUCCUAGUCUUCGAUACAGAGGAACCCUUGGAUACGGAAAACGAGCUUUGUAGGUCGGCCGAGCUCCGCUUCGUUAUUAUAGGGGAAUUGAAUGAGUUGAUUCUCGUAAGCACUUCUCACCGUUCCCCUAUAGGCAAACGCUCGGUUGCCCAAGUGUGA